UUUUAGUAUAAAAUAAACGUUUAUUACUUCAUUUUUUCUUUGGACAUCAAAGUUGUUAUAUCAUGUAACAAGUGAUCAUUUGCUUAUCAUUAAACAAAAAUUUAUAAAAAAAGUAUAUAGGCAUAUCUCUGGAACCUUUAAAAUUGAACCCAAAAAACUGAAAAAUACUGGUUUCUUAUUUUCUAAAAUCAAUGGGAAAAACGAAUUUUUGAGGAUAGUUUUCGAGGAAAAAAAUUUGUUACAAAUUUUAAAAAUCAUGUUGCCUACUAAUACUGCGAUUGCUUUAUUAAUUAUGAUGGUGUGCCAUAUUAUUUUAAUAAAUUCCUUCGAACACCCAUCGAAAGAAGAAGAAGAAGAAGUUAAAUUAGUUAGUGUGGUAUUUAGACAUGGUGAUCGUACUCCAGAUACUAUAUAUCCUAAAAUUCUUUAUGAUAAUAGUAUCUACACAGACGGUAUUGGAGAAUUAAUAGACCAAGGCAAAAGAAGAGUUUCUCAACUUGGAGAAAAAUUGCGUGAGAGAUAUAAUAAAUUUUUAGGACCAAUUUAUCAUCCAGGCGAUGUUUAUACUCGCAGUACUGAUUUCACAAGAACAAAAAUGACAUUACAAUUUGUUCUUGAAUCAUUAUAUCCAAAUAAUAAUUUACCAAUUCCAAUAACUUUUGAACCUAGGAAAAAAGACAAACUUCUUUUGAGAAUGUACUAUUGUAAACUAUUUACAGACAUCUACGAAAAUUUAAAAACAGAAAAAUUGAUUCAAGCAGAUCUAAAAGGUUUUGAUCAGAUUGAGAAUGAAAUGUCAAAAAAAACAGGAUGGUCAAUGAAUGAUGUAUACGAUCUUUAUAUAUUUUAUUGCAAUCUUGUAUGUUUAAAGUAUAUGAAUAAGACACUUCCCACCUGGACUAAUGAGAAAUUAAAUGUUCUGGAAAAUUCAACUUUCACACUUCAUAAUUUAAUGAACUAUAACAAUAAAUUGAAAAAAUUGAAUGGAGGAGCACUGUUAAAAAAAGUUACUAAGGACAUGCAGUCAGUUGCAUAUGGUAGUAAGAAAAAAACGAAAAUAUUUUUAUACAGUGGCCACGAUCUCAAUGUAUAUGCAAUGUUGGCAGCUCUAAAUGUUGUCAAGCCACAUCUACCAGAAUUUACAAGUGCUGUUAUAAUAGAGCUUUAUACAAUCGAAGAAGCUUAUUACGUUAGGGUCUUGCACUAUUUGGGUAUUCCAUCUGAAAUGAAGACAGUAGAUAUACCAAAUUGCGCUUCACCAUGUGCAUUGGAAGCAUUCUACAAUUCUAUUGAAGAUGUCAUUCCAUCUAAUGAAGAGUUUAAUUGCUAAUGGUAUUAAAUUGUACCAUUUAUCGUAUUAAAUUAUAUUUGGAUUUAUAUAAUCAAAUAAUUUAUAUGUACAACUAAAAAAAUACAGUUGAUAUUAUUGUACAAUAAAAAUUUUCUUCAUCUAAAAACUUGAAGCAUUCAUAAGCUCUUAGUCCGGGAAUUUCUCUAAUAUUAUAAUCUUUCUUUAUUUUUAUUUAAUUAAAUUUUUGUGAUACAUCGAUGCAGAAAAGCAAAUGAGUUCAAACACGUGGUUGAAUGACCAUAAACAUAAAUGUUUAGGUAAUCAUCACCCACAUACUAUUAAAUAUAUAUCCAACAAAAGGAAUAAUAGGUAUUAUCCAAAUUUAAAGAGACAUUAUAUUCUUAAUUUCUAUUAUUCAACUAUAUCAUCAGAUGAGAUUGUCAAAAUAUAGUAAAAAAUUAAUGAAUGAAAUAAAAUUCUUAUAAGUUUGUUUUGCUUA